CUGCCGCUACCUCGAUCAAGUACUGCAGUAGGAUGGGGCUGGGAGGUAACUCGCAUAACGGGGCUACAACUGAGCGUGGCAGGCUGGUCCCUGCUUGACCCCAUUGGCGUUCCUGAUUCGACCAAGCCCCUGGUUCCCAUGCGCCUCAACCCCAGGCCUGACAGGCCUGUAAGGUUCGUUUCCCCUUCCAGGUUCUCGUGCGUAACCUUAGCGGUGGUCUGUUUGACGGUCACCCGAUGUUCUCUCUCGGUCGCUCUCCGCCGUCUCCCCUCGGUUGCCGUUUCCCCCUCUUGCAGUGCUGUUUCUCCCCUGGCGCCAGGUUUUUUCGUGUUUCCGCAUGUGAGUGUGCCUUUGUGCAAGAAGUCGGAAAUCACUUUAACGCCUCAUCAUUCCACCAUUCCACCAUCGUCUUGCCGCUGCAGCUUUGCUGCCCACACAGCCCCGGACCUGACACGGCGUGGGCCGGCAGUGCCAGGGGUACGCAGGAGACGCUCUGUGCAUAGCAUUCCACAGCACCUUCUGUUCCCCCCCUUCGCCAUUCUGCGACGCGAAACCUCCAGGUCCAGAGGAAACCUUUGCUGUUCCCCGUCACGAUCGACCGCUUGUGUUCCGUCUGUUUCCUUCCUGUCAACGACCCAGAAUUCGUUCUGUCGAUCACCUUUUUUUCUCCGUCAACCAGGGCCGGCCCUCAAGCUAGAUCCGCAUUUGUCUGUUUCUCUUCUCUUGAGGGUUGUCUGCCAAACCCGGCACCGCUUGUCCCAGGGUACUUGCAAGAGUUCGAAUCAAACACAUCUGCGUCAUUUCGCUCUUCUUACCCGAGGCCUAUCUCUAAACCCGGCAUGUUUCGAGAUAGUCCCAGUUGAUCUUUCCAUCACGGUUUUCUUGCGUUUGGACGCUGUCCACUGAAAGGGAAAGACGACUCGCUCGACCACCUGGAAUCCUUUUCACGCCAGAGUCGACAUGACUUUCUAAUUAGGACGUUACUA